GGCAAGGACGAAUGGGUACCUGUCGACAUAGAUGCCGACAAGAAGGAGGAGGGCCCGGAGGUAAAGUCACCUUCGGCGGCAGCGAGCUCCGGACCUACGACCCAGGUCAAGCGGGAGUUCGUCUUCAACGGCCAGAAGAUGGAGUAUGUCACCUCGGAGGGCAAGGUCAAGGAGAAAGACCCGGGCAACGCGCACCAGGGUCGCAAGAAGGAGAAGCAGAUGGAGCUGGACCCGGCGUUCGCACUGCAGGUGGACCCCCGCGAUCCGAGGACCACACGGGGACCGUGCGGGCAGACGCAUCGCAAGUACUUCACGGUCAACAACCAGUGGGGCCAGACAAGGACGUGCUAUCGGUGCGGGCUGAGGCUGCUCUACGUUCCGACCACGAAGGCGCCGAUGACGAACCUCAGCAUGCAGCAUCCGAAGUUGGUGGAGUCCGGCCUGGAGCUGGUGCGGCACUGCAACCUGUGGGAGACGGCCAAUCACGUGCAGGUGACCGCGAUGAUCAACAUCGCCACCUCACUUCGGAGGCUCCCCGGGACCGAGAUCCGACACACGCCGGAUGCGCUGCUGGAGAUGUUGGGGGCAGCGAAUCCCAGGACACUACUCGCAGGACUGACUUUGGCCAUGACCGUGGGUACGAUCACCGAGGCAGUGGAGAUCUGCUGCCAUCCCAACAGCAUGCUGACCGACGAGUGCACCAACAUCGGCCUCAGCAUGGAGCGGAUCAGCAUCGAGAACGGCUACAACCUCAGCACGAAGACGGGGUUCGAGGCCGCUAGCAAGAAGCUGGACGAGGUGAUGCCGAAGAGGGCUUGGAUAUCGCUACCAUGCACACUGUGGACUUCGCUUACGAACUUCAACUACAAAACACCAGAGGCACGUGCACGCCUCGAGAAAGACCGACUUCGAGACAGACGACGUGUGAAGUAUGGAGUUCUCCUGUUGCUAAAGAUUGUUGACAACGGAGGCGAGAUCUACUUCGAGUGGCCUCACAGGUGUCAAGGCUGGAAGAUUCCCGAGCUCAACUUUCUACGCACAGAGUUGAGGCGUCGGGGACGACACGUCUUCGAGGAUCGGAUCGACGGGUGCAUGUACGGCCUCAGGGACUACAACACCAACGAGCUCGUCGAGAAGGGCUGGAGGAUCAUGACCACCGACCCGGAGUUCUCCAAGGUCGCGACCGUGUGUGACCACUCACACGGCCACCGAGUCAUCAGCGGAAAGCUACACACUGCAGCCACAGCCUACUACCCGCAGGCGAUGUGCAAGGCAAUUGCCCGGCUAUGGCAUGCUCAACUCCGGACCCCGAUCGACCUCAACAUGGCCCUGGAGAACCCUGCUGUCCACGACCUCGAGAAUGCCUACCUGAUGGAGCGGGACACCGGGAGCAUCUACGUCGCUGAGCCCACGGAUCCCGAAAGAGAACAGGUGCGGGCGAUGUUGAGCAGGAUCCACAAGGCUGCAGGGCACCCAGGGAACGAGCACUUGGCUUACUGGUGUAAGAAGCGACAGUGUCCACGCUGGAUCGUCGAAGAAGCGAUCAACUUACGCUGCGAGGCAUGCGACCUGGUCAAGCACGGCCUUGCCCACAAGGUCAAGGCGAGCCUCGACAUCCCCAUGGCACCUUGGCAGGCAGCCGUCAUGGACGUUUCCGACCUGACGUUUCCAGACUUGAAUGUGAAGGCCAGGUUUCUUCUCAUCGCUGAGGUCGCCACCGGCCUGAUGUGUGGAGACAUCACUGCGAAGAUCGGCCUCAAAGACAAGGGCACGGAUUCGUCAGCUACGCUGUUCACGACGUUUGCCAGAGCCUACCUUCAACACUAUCCCAAGCCAAGGUGGGUUUUCGUCGAUCCUCAGCCAUCUUUUGUGGGCGGCGAGUUUAAAGACAACUGCCAGUUGGCCGGCAUCGGCGUCUCAGCGAAACCAGGAGGAGCACAUUGGAUGGCUGGCGACAUCGAGCGCCGCAUCUCGACCGUCAAGCAGGUAAUGAGGAAGCUUCGCCUACAAUACCCGAAGCUGAGUCCCGAGACCGUGUUCUACAUCUCGAUUGCGGCGGCCAACAACAUGGACAACAUCAAGGGCUACACGCCGAUGCAGUGGGCUUUCGGGUACUCUCCCACCGAGGACCCGAUCUUGGCGCAUAACGCAGCUACUGGCAAGUUGAAGUCCGACUUCUUCGAGAUCGAGCGGGUACGAGCGGAUGCAGAGGCGACUUACCUGAAGGAGAAGGCGUCCAGGAAGAUCUCUGAGCUGAAGAACUCAGCACCACGACCUCGACAUGAAUAUAAGCGAGGCGACUGGGUCUGUGUCUGGCGGUCGUACGCUGCGACAGGGAAGCGAAAGCUUUCCGGACAGGAUUUCUUCACGGACGGCCUCUUCAUCGGACCGGGCAGAGUUCUGUUCUCCGAGCCGGCGGUCCAGACAGGCAACAAGGACGGCGUGAUCUGGGUCAUCAUGGGCAACCGAUGCUGGCGCUGUGCAGCAGAGCAACUGCGGCCAGCCACGCAGUCGGAGAUCGUCCAGAUCAACCUGAAGAAGGACGACAUCCUCAACAGUCCGCUCGAGGACGUCUGGAGGCAUCUCCAGGACUUUGACGACAUCGCCGGGGAGCCCUCCCCAACGGCAGAUGGCAUGAGGAUGCUACCACGUCAACCUCUUGAGGGCAUGCCGAGGGUGGUCGAGAAUCCCGAUGUGGCCGUGGAACCCCACGACGUCACGGAGGCAGAUGACGACCUGGAGGUCGACGAGGCGGCGAGCGACCAUGUGGAAGCCAGCGAGACCGACAUCAUCAACUUCGUGCGGGAUCCGAACAACGAGGCCGAGAUGGACCUGAUGAGGAUUGAGAUCGAGACGGACCUGGAGGAGUUCUGCUUCGAUGCGAGCGCGUACCUGGAGAAGCAGCUGAACCGAGUGGCCAACAACACGGUCAAGAAGGGUGUGGAGGUUUCGUUUAGCCGCCUGAGCCCCGAGGAGAGGCCACUGUUUCAAGAGGCAAUGGCACGGGAGCUGGCGGAACAUCUGGAAGUACCGACAGUCCGGGCUGCAUCGGCUUACGCUGACUACAAUCAUGGUAAAGAUAUUCCAGCGGACAAGCUGAUCAAGAUGAGGUGGCUACUGACCUGGAAGCCUUUGACACCACCUGAACCACCGGACAAGUCGGACCCACACCCCGUGAGCACGCCGGACGGGAAGUUCAAGGCGAAGGCCCGUAUCAUUCUGUUGGGCUUCUCACAUCCAGACCUUGUCAGUCGGGACAAGUUCGGAGAUCGGGUACUUCCCACGGCGUCACCAACCAUUUCAAGAAAAGGGAAGCUGGCACUCCUCCAGAUGGCUGCUUUCCACGGCUGGACCUUCGAGCUAGCCGACGCGAGGUCCGCCUUCCUGCAGGCCGGGCACACCGAGGAGUGGAGGAAGCUCUACACGAAGGGCGUGAAGGAGCUCCGGCAGGCCUUGCAGAUCAACGAGGAGGAGUCUAUGAGAGUCUUGGCAGCGAUCUACGGGAUCACGAAUGCGCCGUGGGUUUUCUGGAAGUACGUGGACCACAAGAUCCACGAAGCAGGAGGCAAGAGCGUUCUCAUCGAGCCAUGCAUCUGGAUCAUUCAGGACCAGAACGGCACCGUGUGCGGGGUCAUUGGCUCGCACGUGGACGACUUUGGCAUCGCAGGCGACAGCGACAACAAGUUCUACCUCGACAUGAAGAACAUGCUGAAGGAGAUGCUGCGGUGGUCUCCAUGGCGGAGCACGCCAUGCAUGUGGGCAGGCAUGUGGAUCACCCAGGAGCCAUCGGGGAAGAUCCAUGCUAGCCAGGAGGAGUUCUGUCACCAGCUCCUUGAGAUCAGGGUCGAGUCCGGCAAGUACCUCUCGAAGGAUGACAAGCUCAAGCCGGAGGACGUCACUCAGUUCAGGGCAGGCCUGAUGAAAUGCCAAUGGAGAGCGACACAAACAGCACCACAGUUCUCAUGUCGGGUGUCACUGUUGGCUCAACGGGUGAACGAGGCGACGUUCGGAGACCUGAAGGACACGAACGCCCUCAUACGCGAUGUGAAGCGGACAGCUCGUGAUUCCCUGGUGUUCCACAACUUCAAUAGCAACGGUGGCGGCAAGCUGAAGUGGGACGACCUAGUGAUCGUGACGUGGGUCGACGCAAGCAGACUACUACAACGAGGAGGCUACAUCGUGGCGUUCACCACGGCCGAGAUCCUCAAGCAGAAGGAAUGCGCAGUAUCGAUCGCCGACUGGAGAUCGUACAAGCUCAAGCGCACCGGCAUCGGCACCAACGGCUGCGAGGGACAGGCUCUGUACGACGGCGAGAACGCGGCGUACCUGAUGCGCCUGCUGUGGUCAGUCAUGCACGGAGUUCCAGUCACCGCGCACACUCAGGAGGAGGUGGCGCAAUCCAUGACCUCGGUGCUGGUGAUCGACAGCCGAGGAGUUUAUGAUUCAGUCCACAAUAAGGAGAGUUUCGGCAUAGGCCUGAGCGAUGCGAGGACCGGCGUGGAGGUUCUACAUGUGAAGGCGAACUGCGGGCCCGAGAAGAACCAGCACCUGGUUUGGGUCCCCUCGGACCUCAAUCUCACCGACGGCCUCACGAAGGACAGUCCCGAGGCACGGAAGCCUCUGGCUCUGUGGCUUGCACGGCGUACCUGGAUCAUCAGGUACGAUGAGGAUUUCAUGUCAGCCAGGAAGCGACAGCGAGCCAACAAACUCGCUCAGGACAAGCCGCAGGCAUCUACUGACGCUGAAGCCGAGGAGGCACUCGACGGUGUCACGUCCCUGCAGGAGGGCCAGAUCAAGGAGGGCCGCGCCCCCUCUUCCCGCGACGACAGCACGGAGGCCACCGGCAGCGUCGCAGGGGCCGGCCUCCCCGGCAUCCCGCCGCUGCACCGGGCCGCGGCGGAG